CGGGGCGCAGCAUCCUGGCGCGGGCCGGGGCCGCCGCCGCCACUGCCGUCGGGGAAGGUUCCAGUGUGGUCCUGGCCUCGCGCGGCGCCCGUCGGGGCCCGAGCCCCCCGCACAGUAGCCCCGCGGAGAGGCGACCCCGGCUGUGCCGACGGCGCAGACUGCCGGGGGGGCGGCAUGGAGGAGGCGCACCUGCUCCCGGCCGCCGACGUGCUGCGCCGCUUCUCGGUGACUGCCGAGGGCGGCCUGAGCCCGGAGCAGGUGACCGGCGCGCGGGAGCGCUAUGGUCCUAACGAGCUCCCAACCGAGGAAGGGAAGUCCCUGUGGGAGCUGGUGCUGGAGCAGUUUGAGGACCUCCUGGUGCGCAUCCUGCUGCUGGCGGCCCUGGUCUCCUUCGUCCUGGCCUGGUUCGAGGAGGGUGAGGAGACCACAACUGCCUUCGUGGAGCCCCUGGUCAUCAUGCUGAUCCUUGUGGCCAAUGCGAUCGUGGGCGUGUGGCAGGAACGCAAUGCUGAGAGUGCCAUUGAGGCCCUGAAAGAGUAUGAGCCUGAGAUGGGCAAGGUGAUCCGCUCGGACCGCAAGGGCGUGCAGCGGAUCCGCGCCCGGGACAUCGUCCCCGGAGACAUCGUGGAAGUGGCAGUGGGAGACAAAGUGCCCGCCGACCUCCGUCUCAUCGAGAUCAAGUCCACCACGCUGAGGGUGGAUCAGUCCAUCCUGACCGGUGAAUCUGUGUCUGUGACCAAGCACACGGAUGCCAUCCCCGACCCCAGAGCUGUGAACCAGGACAAGAAGAACAUGCUGUUUUCUGGCACCAACAUUGCAUCAGGCAAGGCGAUGGGUGUGGCAGUGGCCACGGGCUUGCACACGGAGCUGGGUAAGAUCCGGAGUCAGAUGGCGGCCAUGGCACCAGAGCGGACGCCCCUGCAGCAGAAGCUGGAUGAAUUUGGGCAGCAGCUGUCCCGCGCCAUCUCCGUGAUCUGCAUGGCCGUGUGGCUCAUUAACAUUGGUCACUUUGCUGAUCCGGCCCACGGCGGCUCCUGGCUCCGAGGUGCUGUCUACUACUUCAAGAUUGCCGUGGCCCUGGCUGUGGCCGCCAUCCCUGAGGGCCUCCCGGCUGUCAUCACUACGUGCCUGGCACUGGGCACACGGCGCAUGGCCCGCAAGAACGCCAUUGUGCGGAGUCUGCCCUCCGUGGAGACCCUGGGCUGCACCUCGGUCAUCUGCUCUGAUAAGACGGGCACACUCACCACCAAUCAGAUGUCGGUCUGCCGGAUGUUCGUGGUAGCCGAGGCCGAAGCGGGUACCUGCAGUUUGCACGAGUUCACCAUCUCGGGCACCACGUAUGCCCCGGAGGGCGAAGUGCGGCUGGGGGAGUGGCCUGUGUGCUGCGGGCAGUUUGACGGGCUGGUGGAGCUGGCGACCAUCUGCGCCCUGUGCAAUGACUCAGCGCUGGACUACAACGAGGCAAAGGGCGUGUAUGAGAAGGUGGGAGAGGCCACGGAGACGGCCCUGACUUGCCUGGUAGAGAAGAUGAAUGUUUUUGACACGGACCUGCAGGCCCUGUCCCGGGUGGAGCGAGCUGGGGCCUGCAACGCGGUCAUCAAGCAGCUGAUGCGGAAGGAGUUCACCCUGGAGUUCUCCCGAGACCGGAAGUCCAUGUCGGUGUACUGCACGCCCACCCACCCUGGCCUGGCGGCCCAGGGCAGCAAGAUGUUUGUGAAGGGGGCACCUGAGAGUGUGAUCGAGCGCUGCAGCUCAGUCCGCGUGGGGAGCCGCACGGUAUCCCUGAACACCACCUCCAGGGAGCAGAUCCUGGCCAAGAUCCGGGACUGGGGCUCAGGCUCGGACACACUGCGCUGCCUGGCACUGGCCACCCGGGAUGCGCCCCCGAGGAAGGAGGACAUGCAGCUAGACGACUGCAGCAAGUUUGUGCAGUACGAGACGGACCUGACUUUCGUGGGCUGCGUGGGCAUGCUGGACCCUCCGCGGCCCGAGGUGGCUGCCUGCAUCUCACGCUGCCACCAGGCGGGCAUCCGUGUGGUCAUGAUCACGGGGGACAACAAAGGCACGGCUGUGGCCAUCUGCCGCCGGCUUGGCAUCUUCAAGGACACAGAGGACGUGGCGGGCAAGGCCUACACGGGCCGAGAAUUUGAUGACCUCAGCCCCGAGCAGCAGCGCCACGCCUGCCGCACGGCCCGCUGCUUCGCCCGGGUGGAGCCUGCCCACAAGUCCCGCAUCGUGGAGAACCUGCAGUCCUUCAACGAGAUCACUGCCAUGACUGGAGACGGGGUGAAUGAUGCCCCAGCCCUGAAGAAAGCGGAGAUCGGCAUCGCCAUGGGCUCCGGCACAGCCGUGGCCAAGUCAGCGGCAGAGAUGGUACUGUCAGAUGACAACUUUGCCUCCAUUGUGGCUGCAGUGGAGGAGGGCCGGGCCAUCUACAGCAACAUGAAGCAAUUCAUCCGCUACCUCAUCUCCUCCAAUGUUGGCGAGGUCGUCUGCAUCUUCGUCACAGCAAUUCUGGGCCUGCCCGAAGCCCUGAUCCCUGUGCAGCUGCUCUGGGUGAACCUGGUGACGGAUGGCCUACCUGCCACGGCCCUGGGCUUCAACCCACCAGACCUGGAUAUUAUGGAGAAGCGGCCCCGGAACCCUCGGGAGGCCCUCAUCAGUGGCUGGCUCUUCUUCCGAUAUCUGGCUAUUGGAGUGUACGUUGGCCUGGCCACAGUGGCUGCUGCCACCUGGUGGUUCCUGUAUGAUGCCGAGGGACCUCAGGUCACCUUCUACCAGCUGAGGAACUUCCUGAAGUGCUCAGAGGACAACCCGCUCUUUGCUGGCACUGAAUGCGAGGUCUUUGAGUCACGCUUCCCCACGACCAUGGCCUUGUCUGUGCUGGUGACCAUUGAGAUGUGCAACGCCCUUAACAGCGUCUCGGAGAACCAGUCACUGCUGCGGAUGCCACCCUGGCUGAACCCCUGGCUGCUGGCGGCUGUGGCCAUGUCCAUGGCCCUGCACUUCCUCAUCCUGCUUGUGCCGCCCCUGCCCCUCAUCUUCCAAGUGACCCCACUGAGCGGGCGCCAGUGGGUGGUGGUGCUCCAGAUAUCUCUGCCUGUCAUCCUGCUUGAUGAGGCCCUCAAGUACCUGUCCCGGAAGCACGUGGAUGAAGAAAAGGGCCAGAAGUGAGUGCCGGGAGCAGAGUGGAGUUUCCAGUGUGUACCUCAGAGUGAUGGUGCCCAAGCCUUCGCCCCUCCGAACCCCCCCUGCCUGCACGCUCACCUGCUUGCUCACUGGGCCCUGCUGAGGUCGGGGCGGCCACCUCCAGGCCCAUCCCGGGGUCUCUGUCCCCACUCCCAUCUCUCUGGGGGCUCUGUAAUUCAGGUCUCUAGGGCUCUCCUGGGCAGUUCAUCCCUGAAGCUCUGGCCCAGGAGCUGCAGCCCGUGAGGGGCCUGCCCAGAAGCUGGCAGCAGAGCCCUCCUCCCCAGAUCCACAAGCGUGCUCAGGGGCCCGCUUCCCCUUCCUUGGAGGCAGGGCAUUUCCUUGGCGACCUGCGUCUCUGCAUAGACAGAGCUCUCCUGGGAGCCACUCUGACCUCUCCCUCAGUGCCUGGGCUGGGGCCUGGUUGGCCCGGGGUGAAGGGGGGACAGCCAGGCCCAAAUGUGCACAGCGAGGGCGGACGGCCCCCUCCACUCUGCUUCCACGGAGUCAGCUCCCGAGGGCUUGCGCCUGUUUGUGUUUAUGUGUGCAGGGGGUGGAAGGCUCAGAGAGAGGGACACGGGAGCGGGGGAGGGGGGCGGAGCAAGGACCCCCUUUCCUGGGAGAUGGCCAGCCUGCCUGCCUCAGCUCGGCGCACCCCCAGACUCAGGUUUCUCUGUUCCAAGCCGACAAAGCACACGCCGUCUUGGUGUUGCCUGCUCUGCCAAGCGGAGGACGGAUUCACCUUCUGUGUCCCUGGCACCUGAGACCCGAGCCGU